UUUAUUUUGGACAAUGAAAGCCGACACCGGGCAAAUACCGAUUGUUGAGAGUCAUCAACAUCAAUGAAUAGGGGGGGAAGGGGUUUCGUGAGUGAUUGAAGAGAACGAGAGCUGAAGCGGGAGUCACUUAGGUUUGGUGACACUCCGAUUCCGCCAGAGGCUUGAACCCUGAAAAAGGACUCGAGACUCGGGAAGCCAAGGCGAAGAAGAGUGGAGAUGUGCCAAACUUCUAGACUCUUUGAACUCUUCACUGUCUUUGCACUUUUAACAACUCAGACUUGUCUUAGAUAGUUCAAAUAAUUUUCAGUUUUAGACACAUAUCAAAAUGCCUGCCCGCGCGGACAUCACCUACUUCGGCGCCGGCCCUGCCGCCCUUCCCACCGACGUCCUCGAGACCGCCGCCCAAGCGCUGCUCGACUACCAGGGCACCGGCUUGGGUAUCGCCGAGCACUCUCAUCGCUCCGAACUUGCGGCCAAGAUCAUCAACGAGGCCAAGGCCGAUCUGGCCACCUACCUCGACUUCUCUCCCGAGCAGUAUGAGGUUCUCUUUAUGCAGGGUGGUGGCACCGGCGAGUUCGCUGCCUCCAUGUACAACCUCGUUGGCGCCUGGGUUUCCCGCCAGCACGCCGCUGUCCAGAAGGAGCUCGGCGAGGGUGCGGCCGCCGAUGAGGCCCAGGUACUUGCCGCCCUUCGCCAGCGCGUAGAGUCCGGCCUCAAGGUCGACUACAUCGUCACCGGCUCCUGGUCGCUCAAGGCCUACCAGGAGGCCGUCCGCCUGCUCGGCCCUGAGUACGUCAACCUAGUGUGUGACGCCCGCACCAUCAACGACGGCAAGUUCGGCAAGAUUCCCGACGAGAGCACCUGGAAGCUUAGCAAGGACGCCGCCUACGUCUACUUCUGCGACAACGAGACCGUUGAUGGCGUUGAGUUCCCCAACUUCCCCAAGAUCCUCGAGCCCAAGGAGGACGGCACCGGCCCCAUUGUUGUGUCUGAUAUGUCCUCCAACAUCCUCUCUCGCCGCAUCCCCGUCAACAACUACUCCCUCCUCUUCUUCGGCGCCCAGAAGAACCUUGGCUGCACCGGUGUCGCUGUUGCCAUCCUCAAGAAGACCUUCCUCCCACCUACCCUCAGCCAGCCUAGCCCGGCCCUGCUCAGGAAACUCGCCCUUCCUAUCCCUCCUAUCGUUCUUCAGUAUGAGAUUAUUGCCAAGAACAACAGCUUGUAUAACACGCUGAGCAUCUUUGAUGUCUACAUCGCGGGCCAGGUCCUCAAGAAGCUCCUCGCCACUUUCCCCAACGGUGUUGACGGCCAGCAGGCCCUUGCUGAGAAGAAGGCCGAGCUCAUCUACUCGGCCUUGGAGGCCCAUCCUGAGGCUUACAAGAUCGUUCCGGACAAGUCUGCCCGUUCCAAGAUGAACAUUUGCUUCCGCGUCAUCAAGGGUGGCAACGUCGACGAGGCCGAGAAGGCCUUCCUCAAGGAGUCCACCGCCAUCAACCUGACCGGUCUCAAGGGCCACCGCAGCGUCGGUGGCAUCCGUGCUUCCAACUACAACUCCAUUCCUCUGGAAGGUGCUGAGAAGCUGGCCAACUUCAUCCAUGAGUUUGCCAAGGCUUAAGCUACGAAGUCUACCUAAACUAAAAAAAGGUAUACAAAUCUGGGAAUAUGGGUAGGGGGGUUAGGAACCGGCAUAAAAGUCAGCUGGAAGGCGCAACAUGGGAUGGCAUGGGAUAGCGGGGAGCAUAGGUGUCGGGUUCUUCGACAAGAAAAAAGUUUAAUACACACCCAAUUUCAAACGCGAUUGGGAUGGAUACCCCCAUGAUACAGAAACUCAUCUGUAAAGGCCAUUUCAUUUGUAGCAGCCACUUCCCUGGUUUCUUUCUUUCUCACCACGUCAUCAACUGGGCCCCUUCUCACUGCCCAUCCUUUUCAAUAAUGUCCCUCAACCAUCUCGGUACUUCAGGCCCCUUCUCCCAUCCCUCCAAAUACCUCUCCUUCCCCACAUCCUCGCCCGCGGGCUUCGCAUAAAUCCCUGUUACAUACCACCACUUUUCCCCCUUCUCAAUCCUAUGCUGCAGCGUCGGAAUCGUUGUCCUACUCUCCACCAAAUUCGAGUUCGGAUCCGCAUUCACUAGCAUCGCCUCUCUGCCCCCUCUUGUCUCUUUCUCAAUUUCUAGCGCUCUGAUCCCCACCGCUCCCGCCCUCGACACCGCAAACGCUCCCUUCUUGGCGGGAGCCCAGGCUUCGGGAGUGUUCAGGUCGUAGUUCCCGAUGAGCUUGGGGGAAGUGCCCUCGCAUUUCUCUGCGUCGUACAAGUCUAGAUACCGACCGUCCGGCGUGCGCUCGUUAAGGAUUGCGAACGACCCGUCGGCCGUCAUCACCUCGCGCCCCUGCGCGUGGAUGUGGUGCACGCGCAGGUGCCAGUUGGGGGCGGCGGGCGUGGGCGGGAGGAGGUAGGUGGUUACGAAGACGUCUGGGUAAGGUGUCCAGUCGGAAAUGAGUACGGGGUUGUUUUCUUCAAAGACAAGACGGGAGGUGGACAGUCGGCGAGUCUUCCAGUACUCGCCUUCGUCGUCAGAGAAUCCCAGUUGUGAGGCCAGGGCGUAUUGCUCGAGCGUGAAGCAGCCCGGGGGGACCGAAUAGCCAAAGGCGGAGGAGUAAGCGAAGGCGCCGUACUUGGCGUGGGUGCCCUUCAUCGGGUAGGAGCAAGCUUGGCCAGAGGAGAGAAGCAUGCAAUGGCCGCCGAGGUUGCUCAUGAUGUGACCCGGUUGCGGGAGCGGUUUGACGGCGGGGAUGACCGGCCACGGGUCUUCUUCGGAGGAGGUCCAGAAGGGGUGCGUUUCGGGCACGGCGAGACAGAUGAAGGCUAGACAGGCCCAGUAGGGGGAGCCAGGGCUGUUAUAGUUCUCGGCCAUGUACAUGUUGGGGUAGGAGUAGCCGAUGGUGAGCGUGCCGGCGGGGCUGAACAUGUUGUCUUGUGUUUGCCACCAGCGGAGAUGGCGGAGGACGAUACCUUUGACCAUGCCCCAGGUUAGAGGAGCAGGGAGCUCGACGUCGGCGUAGGCAAGGGCGCCCCAGAAGGAGACCAUGGCGAAGCGGUAGCCGACACUGCGGCCAAAGGGGAUGGCACGGCCUGGAUGUUGGUUUAGAAAUGUUUCUCUUGGAUCGAAUAUAACUUGAGUGGUCACUCACCUUCUUUGUCAUAAUAGUGUACCAGAUCCAAUGCGGCAA